AUGAGACUGAGCCUAUUGAUAUGAUUGAUUAAAACAUUUCUUCCCCAUAAUGACGAAUACCCACCACCUACACCAAAAAAAUACUUGGAUUUACACUCCAAAAACUCUAGCUUUUUAUGAUUCCUUGCCAUUGAACAACACUUACUCUGCAAGACCACUUGUGUACAAGUGAAACUUAUCUCACGUUACUUUGCCAUUGAAGAAUUUCAUGCUUUUAAAGGUUAGCUAAGGUUUCUCAUGGAGAUGUACAGCUUGUUUCCUUUACUGUUAUGGCUCCCAUGGAGUUUCUUCAUAAUGGGUGGCUACUCUCAAUUGCUGAACUCACAAGCCCAAGUUCUUCUUCAACUAAAGAAGCAUUUGGAGUACCCUAAACAACUUGAUAUCUGGUAUGAUCGAAGAACAUUGUUCUGCUCUUUGCCUCCAUCUCCAAAUGUAAACGUUUCAUGUGAGUUCAACUCGGUAACUGAACUCAAAAUCAUGGGUGAUAAGCUUUCCAUUGAAUUUACUGACUUCCAUGGUUUUCCAGUACCAAAUCGAACUUUGUCGGAUGCUUUUUCAAUGGAUUCUUUUGUUACAACUCUGUCGAGGUUACCACGCUUGAAGGUUCUUGCUCUUGUUUCUCUGGGGAUUUGGGGUCCUCUCCCUGAUAAAAUCCAUAGAUUAUCUUCACUUGAAUCUCUAGAUUUGAGUUCAAAUUUUCUUUAUGGCUCAAUCCCUCCUAAAGUUUCAACAAUGGUGAAGCUUCAGACUCUUGUGUUAGAUCAUAAUUUCUUCAAUGAUACAGUCCCCAACGUGUUUGAUUCUUUGUCUAACUUAACGAGUCUGAGCUUGAAGAAAAACACGUUAAAGGGUCCUUUUCCAUCUUCAAUCACAGGGAUCAAAACUCUCAUUAGUCUUGAUUUUUCCAGCAAUGAAAUCUCAGGAAAACUACCGGAUCUCACUGGAUUAACACGACUUCGACUGCUGGAUUUGAGUGCGAACAAUUUCGAUUCUCAUUUGCCAACAAUUCCCAAAGGAUUGUUUAUGGUUUCACUCGAAAAAAACUCCUUCACCGGUGAAAUCCCAGCACAAUAUGUCCAUCCUACUCACCUCCAACACAUUGAUAUCUCAUUCAACAAGCUAAGUGGUACAAUUCCAGCUCCACUUUUCUCUUUGCCAAACAUCAGUUUCUUGAAUUUGGCAUCAAAUAUUCUGAGUGGAUCACUUGGUUACAAUAUAACCUGUGGAACCAACCUCGGGUUUGUUGAUAUAUCGAACAAUAGGCUAUCAGGGAGUUUGCCUUCAUGUUUGAACUCUGAAUCAGGCAAUAAAGUUGUCAACUUCGAUGGCAACUGUUUAUCCAUCAAUGAACAUCAUCGGCGUCAUAAUCAGCACCCGGAAUCGUAUUGCAGAGAUGAAGUUCAUAAGAACCAAAGCAAUCCGAAUGCCAGAGGCAUAGGAGUUUCAGUUGGUCUCAUAGUAGGCAUAGCUGUUAUCUCUGUGCUUUUGGCCAUUGCCCUUGUAAUCGUUUGUAGACAUUACUGCAACCGACUGAUAUCGGAGCAACAUUUGCUGCACAAAUCAGUUCAAGAAAAGUCCAAAACAGGGUUCUCUUCUGAGAUCCUAACCAAUGCAAGGUACAUUUCUGACAAUGCAAAGUUAGGGGGACAAGGUCUCCCACCUUGUCGAUCGUUCACCUUGGAAGAGUUAAAGGAAGCUACAAACAACUUUGAUAACUCUGCUUUUCUGGGUGAAGGUUCAUAUGGAAAGCUUUUCAAAGGAAGAUUGGAGAGUGGAAUUCAUGUUGCUAUAAGAUGCCUGCCAACAACAAAGAAAUAUUGGAUUAGAAAUCUCAAACUCAGGCUGGAUAUGCUUGCAAGGAUUCGCCACCCACAUUUGGUUUGCAUUUUGGGACAUUGCAUUGAAGUUAAACAAGAUGACUGCAGUGUCAACGGAGUGUUCCUCGUUUAUGAAUACAUUUCUAAUGGGAAUUUUCGUUCUCAUCUCUCUGAGAAUUGUGUUGGAGGAGUUCUGAAUUGGUCGGAAAGAUUAGCGAUUUUAAUCAGUGUUUGCAAGGCGGUGCAGUUCUUGCAUACUGGAGUUAUCCCUGGUUUCUUUCACAACAGAUUGAAGACCAACAACAUAUUGCUGAACCAACAUCGGAUGGCCAAACUGGGUGACUACGCGCUCUCCAUUAUCUCUGAGGAAACCAACAAUGAUACGGCAAAAGGAGAGGAUCCUCAUAAAUCAUGGCAAAUGACAAUAUUAGAGGAUGAUGUUUAUAGCUUUGGACUCAUCUUAUUAGAGACAAUGCUCGGUUCCUCCAUUGCUGCCAAAAUGGAGGCGACUCUACAACAUGAAUUGGCAUCGUUAAGCAAUCAAGAUGGGCGAGCAAGGUUGAUGAACCCAGUUGUUUCAGCUACAGGAUCACAAGAAUCAUUAUCAACAGUGAUUUCCAUAGCGAAUAAGUGCAUUUGUCCAGAACUAUGGAGCCGCCCAUCUUUUGAGGACAUUCUUUGGCAUUUGCAGUAUGCAGCACAGAUCCAAGCAAAUGCAGACUCUGAACCAAGAUUCAGCUCUGUAUAGUUCAUUACAUUUUGAGAAACCAAAACAAGUUUGUUCUAAUUCUUUUAUUUAGGAGGCUGUAACAUAUUAAUAAA